GACAUACUCUUUGUCAGUGUUUCUCUCACUCUUUCAGAAAGAGAGUGAAGUGAGAGGUAACAGAACAUGGUUGGUGGUGGAGGGAGGGAGAAAACUGGUGACUAGCCCGCCCACUCAUGCCCCCUUUGCCUUAUAAAGAACCUCAAGAUUGGGAGAGACCCUCUAAGAGAGUUGAGCCAAGUACCCGGAACAGCACAAUAAUAGCGGGACGUGUGAGAGACAGAAAGAGGGUGAGAGAGAAAGAGAGAGAGAGAAUUAUAAGACGCUGCAUUCAUGGAUGAACAAGGAGAAGUAAAAGUGAAGAACCCAUGCCACAGGCCAGUGUUCAUCUUUCUGGCUGUUAUUAUUUCCCUGGGAAUCAUUACCAUGGUGUCCAUUUCUGUUGUCCAGAACAAGCCUUUACUCCAGAAGUAUAAGUAUGGAAUAGUUCUGGAUGCUGGUUCCUCCCACACUUCAGUGUUCAUCUAUGAAUGGCCAGCAGAGAAGGAAAACAACACAGGCAUGGUACGGCAGAAACACACCUGCAAUGUGAAAGGUAAAGGCAUCUCCAGUUACUCAGCUAACCCACAAAAGGCUGGCACAUCCCUGCAGGAUUGUAUGGAGGAGGCCAAGCAGAUAAUACCUGCACACAGACACAGGGAAACUCCAGUAUACCUGGGGGCCACAGCAGGCAUGCGAUUACUCAAGAUGGAGAAUGAAGUGGCCUCAGGCAAGGUCCUUGAUUCAGUAGCACAUUCUCUGCAGAUGUCCCCCUUCUCCUAUCAGGGAGCUCGUAUCAUUUCGGGCCAAGAGGAGGGAGCUUUCGGCUGGAUCACUGUUAAUUACCUCAGCGAAAACUUGAGAAAGGCCACUGGUACCCUUGGAGCUCUGGACCUUGGUGGGGCAUCUACUCAGAUAACCUUCGUUCCUAAGCAGGAAAUUGAAUCAAAUGACAAUUCAAUUGACUUUAGGCUGUAUGGAAAUGAUUAUCGCCUAUACACCCACAGCUUUCUCUGUUAUGGGAAGGACCAGGUUCUUAAGCUUUCUCUGGCUGACAAAUUAUGGUCAACACUUGCAGUUAAUAAGACAGACCCCGUUGAGUUAAUGGACCCUUGCUUCCACCCUGGAUAUAAGGUCAACAAGACAUUUCAGAGUUUCUUCGACACCCCCUGUUUAAACAAAUCGAAUACCCCGCCAAAUAAAAACUUAACCCAUGUGGGGUUGGGGGAUUGGUCGAUGUGCCAACAAUCAGUGAGAGAGGUUUUUAACACCAAUCUUUGUAAAUACUCAAGAUGCUCUUUCAAUGGUGUUUUCCAGCCUUCUGUUGAUGGAAAUUUUGGGGCCUUUUCUGCUUUCUACUUUGUAAUGAACUAUUUAAAUCUGACCUCUGACACAUUAGACAAUGCAAAGGAGAAACUGGCAAGGUACUGCUCCACCCCAUGGGAAAAGAUUGUAGAAAAUCAUCCCAAUAUAAAGCAGAAGUAUCUUUCAGAAUACUGCUUCUCAGGAACCUACAUUCUGACUCUUCUGGAAUAUGGAUACAAAUUUACCUCUAACAACUGGAAAGACAUCCGUUUCAUUAAGAAGAUAGGAGAAAGUGAUGCAGGCUGGACUUUGGGUUACAUGCUAAACCUGACCAACAUGAUCCCAGCUGAAGCUCCAGACACGCCCCUGAUGCCUUACGGGGGAUAUGUCACAUUUAUGCUCCUCUUUUCACUUCUAAUAUUUGUUCUCUUCUUUCUGGCCUUCAUGUACUUCCGUCGCUCCACUAGGACAGCCCAGAAAGACAUUAUUUAGCUGGACAAUGACAGGCCUAUUAUGCUGUGAUCUCUUAACAUUGAAUGUUUGGUAACACUUUACAAUAAGGUUCAAUUUGUUAAUAUUACUUAACGUGAAAUAACAAUGAACAAUACUUUUACAGCAUUUACUAAUGUAGGUUAAUGUUAGUUUCAACAUAUACUAAUACAUUCUAAUCAAAAGUUGUAUAUGUUAACAUAAGUUAAUGCCCUAUGAGCUAUAUUUACUAACAUUAAGAUUAAUAAAUGCUGUAAUAUAUAUUGUUCAUUGUUUGUUCAUGAUACCCAAUACAUUAACUAAUGUUAAUGAAUGGAACCUUAUGGUAAAGUGUUACCAAAUGUUUAUUUCUGCAGGAUGUAAUCCGUACUAUCCAGAACAAUGGGUGUUUCUCAAUGCUAUUCUUAUGUUCUUGUGAAAAUCAGUAUUGUCUAACUAUCUUGAAAGAGCAAACUUGGGAAGACAUGAGGACGUAAAACGCAUCUGCGAGUUUUAAGAUGUGACGCAACCUCUUAUUAUAACUAUUUUCUUUUUUUGGAGGUGCUUUAUGAUGUCAAACAAGUCCACAAGAACACAAAAAGAAUGGACAUUGGGAAACGGCAAAUGUUUUGUCUUGAUUUAAAGGGAUAGUUCAAGCAUAAAUGAAGAUUCUGUCAUCAUUUACUCAACCUCAUUUUACAUUUCAAAGAAUUUGGACGUUAUACCUCAUAUGAAGGAUAAAAAGGCUUUGUGAGAGCUAUGAGUUACAGGUUCCAAUGACACUGAAGGGGCAUCAAAGGGAAGAUUUGUUUUUUCAUGACAACUUCAGGUUACCUCUGAAAAUCUCUUGUGCUUCUAAAAGAUUUUGAGAGGCAACCUGAAGUUGUCAUAAAAACACAAUAGAAUGGGAAUAGAACAAACUCAUCAACAACAGCUUUUAGCUUUGGGGAGCUGGGUCAAGAGGGUUGCAAGGCUUCCUUAAAAGAAAAGUGCAAUGACAUACAAUAUAUUGUGUGGAUGAAGCUCAAUCAAAGGCAUUUCUGGCAUUAUGUUGAUUACAUAAUUAUUAUUUGUUUUUAGAAUUGUCCAUCCUUUAAAAACAGAAAACACAGCAAAAAUCAAGGUGUGAGGGGGGAGUUAAAGACAGAAAUGUGAAGCUUAUAAUUGUAUAAAAGCACUAACAUUAAUUCUUCUGUUAAAACUCAUACAUUAUUUGAGCUGUAAAGUUGUUUAAAUCAUUUACUGGAUUACAUGGUUUAAAGUGUCACUUUGUCGCCAUGUUAAGAUGGAAAAAGUGGACAUAACUGUACAGAGAAAAGAUUAGCAAGUGAUUUUAUCACACUAAAAUCAUGUUAGCAUGCAUAUUGUUUAUGUCUUUUGGCUAUACACUUGAGUAUUUUAACAUUUACGGAUUGCCCACUUCAAUUUUAGUACCAAAUUUUUCACCCCGAUUAUUUUAUUUUUUACAGGAAAAAUCGAAAUAAAUGUUUGUGGUUAUCAACAUUAUGCAGCAGAUGCUGUCGAUUGAGCUUAACAUGUAUUGAACCCAGAAUAUUCCUUUAAUCAAGAAAAAACUUCAUAAAAAUAUUUAAAGUAUCUUUUACUCUUUUAGUUAUUAUAAAGAAAAUUCUGUGAGGACAAAGGUCUCUAGUUGUACCUCCCUAAUUUGAAUUAUGGUCUUAUGGGUAUUAUUGUGUUAAACACAAUAAAAGCUUCCAGCAUAGCAUAUUUGUAUGAAUUGCCAAUUGAGGGCCAUGUUGUUAGGGUUGUUACUGCAUGAUUUUGCUCUCUUCCUGUGCUUACCGUUUCUUGCUUUUUCUUGCAUUUAUUUUAUCAUACCACAGGAGCGUUAAAAUCAUCAUUUGUGCUCAAAAUAGUAGCUCUUGUCUGCUUUAAGGCACAUUCUGUAUGUGAAAUUCCUGUUUAUGGCUCUGAAAUAUGUAAAAUAAUGUGAAUUCUGAUUUUGUUUUUAUAUAUUUAAACAACACCUGCAAAUUUCUAUAUUAAAUCAACAAAAUGUGAUUCAUGGAUAUGCAUAUAGAUUUUAUAUAUAUUUAAUUGAAAAGCAUGCUUGACAGAUCAAAUAUUGAUAGACUUUUAACUGACGGUUAAAUUGGGAUUGUUGAGGUAGGGGAACCCUAACAACCCCCACCACCUCCCGCUUCUAGACAAAUAUAGCAGACAAGGUUCCAACACAGACUACACAGAAGCAUAAUGCUUAUGUAAUUAACUUUAAAGGAGUUUUCGAACAAACACACUCGCUAAAUGGAGAUGAAAUGCAUAAAAAAACCUGAACUGCGUACCUGCAGGAAAUAAAAUAAAGUGACAAACUGCCAAUAUUUUUUUUUCUUGU